CCUCUGCCCCCAUAAAUAGGAGUCCCACCUUUCACCCUUCUCCUCGCAGUCUCACUCUCCAACUCUAAUAUCUCUCUCUCUCCCUCUCUCUCUCUCUCUCUCUCUCUCAAGCAAUGGCUGCUCUAGGAGUCGCCUGCAUUUUUGCUCUGUUUUCGGUUGUGACACUUGUUAACGCCCGCAUUCCGGGUGUUUACAGCGGCGAGGGGUGGCAGAGCGCUUAUGCUACUUUUUACGGCGGCAGUGAUGCCUCUGGAACUAUGGGGGGUGCAUGUGGAUUCGGAAACCUGUACAGCCAAGGCUACGGCGUGAACACGGCGGCUCUGAGCACGGCUCUCUUCAACAACGGCUUGAGCUGCGGCGCUUGCUUUGAGAUCAAGUGCGCCAACUCCCCGCAGUGGUGCCAUGCGGGCAGCCCGUCCAUAUUCAUAACCGCAACCAACUUCUGCCCGCCCAACUACGCCCAGCCCAGCGACAACGGCGGGUGGUGCAACCCGCCCCGGGCCCACUUCGACCUCGCCAUGCCCAUGUUCCUUAAGAUCGCCGAGUACCGCGCUGGCAUCGUCCCUGUUUCUUACCGCCGGAUUCCGUGCCGAAAGCAAGGAGGGAUCAGAUUCACGAUCAACGGCUUCAGCUACUUCAACCUGAUUCUAAUCACCAACGUCGCGGGCGCAGGGAAUAUCGUGAAGGCCAGCGUCAAAGGGUCCAAAACCGAAUGGAUGAGCCUGAGCCGAAACUGGGGCCAGAACUGGCAAUCCAACGCCGUUUUAGUGGGCCAGUCGCUCUCCUUCCGGGUCACAGGCAGCGACCGUAGAACUUCCACUUCUUGGAACGUGGUGCCUUCCCAUUGGCAGUUCGGCCAAACUUUUUCUGGGAAAAAUUUCAGAGUCUGAUCAUAAGAGAAACAAAUUUUCUUUUCAAUCAUUCUACCUCCGCCUUCAAUUACACACUCACCCUCAUAAUAGAGGUGGAGCCCAUAUAUACUACACAUCCAAUGUGUGUGGGACCCGCCUCUAUUGUGAGUAUGAGUGUGUAAGUGGGUGUGGAGUUAGAAUUUUCCUUUUCUUUUACGUUUUUUCUGGUUUGCAUUUUUUUUCUUUUUCAUUUUUUGUUUUGUCUCCUUUGAAAGAGAGAAUCGGUGGGUUGUGUCUGAGUAGUGGGACUUCACUUUUUUUCCUUUCUACUUUUUUUUAUUUAUUACCGAGAGUAGUAAAAGGGCCGAAGCGGUUGUAAUAAUGUAGCCCGCGGCUCUUUUGCUGUAGUAUUCAUGGAUGAUGAACUGAUGACUAUAUAUGAAUAUAUAGGAGUAUAGUUCUUUGGGAAGUAA